UGCAACAGAAGAGGCGUUGGAGAAAUUAUCUAAGAGGAUAUAUCGCACCUCAGUAUACCAAGAAAACAUGAAGGAAUUGCCUAAACCCAGCCCCACAGUGCUCACAGAUCUUACAAUGAUAAAAAACAAGAACAAAAUAACGCCUGGAUUAGAAACCUGGGAAAUAAAUGACCAGGAAGAGUUGAAUAGAAACGAAUCAAGAGAGGAGGACGAAGAGGACAACGAGACAGAGGAGAGCAAAGAAUACUGGGAGCGUAACAAUGAGGAAGAACUCGACGGCAAAAAGGUGGCAAAUGAGUCUGUAUCAUCGGCUGUGUGGCCCAUUUGCCCAGUUGGACUUAACAAUAUGAGAAAAACGCCGCUUAACUACCCUAAGAUUCCACUCCCUCUAUAUAGCCCGCUGGAUUUCUCAAAACGAGAUCAGUCACAGAACACUUACAACUGUAACCGUGUCUUAGGAGAGCAAACUACGCAAUGUUUGCAAUUGGACGCUAUGUUCACAAAACGCCACACCAAGAAACAUGUCACAUUUACAAAUCAGUACGUCCCUGCAUUCACUGCUUAUAGAUACGGCUCUCUGGGUCUGGAAGAUCCAAAGCACCUUAAGUUUUCAAGUCCGGAGACUAAGAACUUGAAGGAAAUGCGAUCCGUUCGUGUUGGUCUUGUCCCGGUCAAACAUUCGGCUGGCGUUGAUUACGUAACACUUCCCCUGAUUGGACGAGAGAAGGUGAUUGAGCAAUCUCAUAAGCCUCAGUCGAAGAAACAUUGCGCCACUAGGAUGUUGGGAGUACGUUUUAAAACAGAUGCACAUAGAAGGUAUCAUGACACAUAUACUAACGUUGUUCCUGAUCUCAGAGAUUCUGUGAUCACUGGAAGACAGCAUUCCUUUGGGGGAGUCCACGCAUGCGCUUUGAGAUAAGGACUCUCGCUGGGUGGUAUUUCAAACCGAAAGGACAAAUUUCUUUUUGCAAGGUCAAAGUAUGAGUUUUUAUGUAAUGAAAACAUGACUGAGUGUUAAAAGGUUUCUCGAGACUUUCUCAUGGGCCGUGGCUGUUGAUAUUGAACUAAUUUGAGUCCGCCGGGCUCAACGACUCAAACUGAAUUAAAAUGUACUAUGGAAAGGUGGUCUAGAAAAUAAACGGGACUUUGUUCUCCUAGCCUGCGUCGCAGGCAGUCUAAACCGCCGGUAUAGACACGGACUAUACCGGGGAUUGUGUGACAUGUCCGGCUGCAACGCAGGUUAUGUUCUCCCGGUUAAUUUUAAAAUUGUAGAUUCAUUUAAAUCAUCUAAGCUUGCGACAGUUUUACCACUUCUGUGCGUCAUUCUAUGUAAACAAAGGAAUUAAAGCCAUUAGCUAAUCUUAAGUGACGUUCGCAUUGGACUUUGACGUCUGUUCCUAUUUUUCGAACUCCUUCAAGUCAAUCUAAAUAUUAUUAUCCGUAAAGGAUUACAGUUUUGU